AUGAGAAUCUCUCUUUCUCCCAUACGUCCGUACAGUGUAGUACACUCAUUACCAAACCACGACGUCGUUUCUCACGUUAAUGUUACCAUGUCUAAUCGUCACUGUCGAUGCGUACUUACUCUCCCUUCACCUACAAUUUCUACUUCCCGAUCACCGGUUAUGCCCAAACCAGAUACCUGGGAGAGUUUGCUGCUAAACCAGGACCACACUGUUCCCGUCGAAUUGUCGUCGUCUGGUUCGAAUUAUCCGGUUAAGCUCGGCCGGAGAUGGAUGGAGUACCAAGGGCUUCAGAAUUGGGAAGGUCUUUUGGACCCAUUGGACGAAAAUCUCCGUCGAGAGAUUCUCCGGUACGGUAAAUUCGUCGAAUCGGCUUAUCAAUCCUUCGAUUUCGAUCCUUCCUCUCCAACCUACGCGACGUGUCGGUUUUCGAGGAGCACGUUGUUAGACCGAUCCGGUUUACCUAAUUCCGGUUAUCGACUCACGAAGAAUCUCCGUGCCACAUCAGGUAUAAACUUGCCACGUUGGAUUGAAAAAGCGCCUAGCUGGAUGGCUACACAAUCCAGCUGGAUUGGUUACGUGGCAGUAUGUCAAGACAAGGAGGAGAUCUCGCGCCUGGGGCGCAGAGACGUCGUCAUCUCCUUCCGCGGAACCGCCACGUGUCUCGAGUGGUUAGAGAACCUUCGCGCCACGCUGACUCAUCUCCCUGAUGAUGGGCCUACCGGACCGAAUUUAAACGGGUCUAAUUCUGGGCCCAUGGUCGAGAGCGGGUUUUUGAGUUUGUACACUUCAGGGGCCCACAGUUUGAGAGACAUGGUACGAGAAGAGAUCGCUAGGCUGCUCCAAUCGUACGGCGACGAGCCGUUAAGUUUAACGAUAACGGGACACAGCCUCGGAGCGGCGAUCGCGACGUUAGCGGCGUACGAUAUCAAAACGACGUUUAAACGUGCGCCGAUGGUAACGGUCAUAUCUUUCGGAGGUCCACGUGUCGGAAACAGAAGUUUUCGGAGACUCCUUGAGAAGCAAGGCACGAAGGUUCUGAGAAUCGUUAACUCCGAUGACGUCAUCACAAAAGUGCCAGGUGUGGUUUUAGAUAGCAGAGAUCAGCAAGAUAACGUGAAGAUGACGGCGUCAAUGCCGAGCUGGAUACAGAGACGCGUGGAGGAGACGCCGUGGGUUUACGCGGAGGUGGGGAAAGAACUACGCCUGAGCAGCCGUGACUCGCCGUACGUGAACAGCAUCAAUGUUGCCACGUGUCACGAGCUGAAGACGUAUCUACAUUUGGUCGACGGGUUCGUGAGCUCCACGUGCCCGUUCAGAGAAACGGCUCGAAGAGUCCUCCAUAGAUGA